AUGGCGGCGACAGACACCUCGAUCCGCUCCAGCUGCCACUGCGGGGCCAUCGCAAUCACAGUUCCCCGACUGCCCGAGUACAUCAACGUAUGCCAAUGCACGAUUUGUAGACGCUACGGCGCCGCUUGGGGCUACUACCAUCCCGAUGAAGUAAAGAUCGAAACGAAGCCGAACGCAGUGACCAAGCAGUAUAUCUGGGGCGAUCGAGACCUGUCUUUCAACUUCUGCGAUAACUGCGGUUGCGUAUGCUAUUGGUGGCCCAUCCAAGCUCCUCGUACCGACGGAGGAGAGUAUAAAAUGGGGCUCAAUACAAACAAUGUCAAUCCCGAGCUCCUGAAAUUCGUCGAUCGAAAGUUUGGGUAUUCGGUUUUGACGAGCCCCCUACGGUCGAAGGACACGGCGCAUCCUGAUGAUCUGGCCGAGUAUUGA